GAAGGGCUAGACAGCGCUAGCAUGCUAUGGAUGAGGCGGGGCGUUUGGCACAGAAAGAAUUUGGCUGUUGGUGUCUGCCAGAUGGCCUCAAAUGGUGAAGAUGGUAUUGCUUGGUACCAAAAAAAGAUUGGAGCCUAUGAUCAACAGAUAUGGGAAAAGUCUAUAGAACAGACUGAGAUAAAGGGCUUCAAAAACAGACCCAAAAAGAAAGGUCACAUACAGCUGGACCUAAUAGAUGUUGACUUGAUCCGAGGGUCUACGUUUGCCAAAGCUAAACCUGAAAUUCCUUGGACUUCUCUUACAAGGAAAGGAAUUGUGCGGGUUGUGUUCUUCCCAUUUUUUAGCCAUUGGUGGAUACAAGUCACAUCCCUGCGUAUUUUUACGUGGCUCCUAGUGCUCUAUUUGUUACAAGAAAAUGCAGUGCUGAAGGAAGAACAAAUUGUAGCAAUUGUGUUAUACUACAUGAUGCCUGUUAUGAAUGCAAGUGAAAUUAUUGGACCUUUGUGCCUAAUGCUACUGAUGGGAACCGUACAUUGUCAAAUAGUAUCUACUCAUCAGCUGUCUAAACCCUCAGGGACCAAUGGAAGCAGUGCUAGCAAGAGAAGAAGAAAAAUGCGCAAAUUUACAGGAGGUGAUGGAAGCAGAGAGAUCAGUACCUAUACUUCUAUUGACAAUAUCAGCAGAGGAGAAGAGCCUUCAGGGUUGGGAUCCAGGAUUAGCAGCCUCUUUGACACAGUCUUGCACAGGAGGAACAGGGAGGGGAUAAAAAGAGGACAACGGGUAGCCGAUAAAUGGACCGAAACGGAACACAGCAGUGGCAUGAGGCGCAGGAUUUCCAAAUCUGAACAUAGUCUGCAGCGGUCCAAGGAUCAUGGGAUAGAGUUAAGAUCAGAGAAGAAAAAGAGUACUGACAGACACUCUGGUGUUUCUGAGGAACCCUCAAGUGAAGAGGAUGCUGAUGCUAUGAGUCAGAAAAUAUUGAUACGUAGAAGUGUCGAAGGUGCUUCCAAUUACAACACGAAUGAGAAUCAGAGAAGGACAUCAGCUGUAAGCCAGUUAGCAUCUCAGGUCAAGGAAGCCAUGAACUCUAUGCAAGACUCUGACAGUGUAACGGACUCAGAAUUAGAUGCAACAGUUCUUCAUGAGAUCAAAUCCCAAGUUAGUAGUGGGGGAUCUCGGAGUGGCAGUGUAUCUCAUAGAGACUCAGAAAGCACCCGCCAUGGUUCUGAAACAGAGGACGUGCUGUGGGAUGACUUGCUUCAUGGGCCAGAGUGCCGCUCCUCCUUUACCAGUGACAGUGAAGAAGCCAAAGGAAAAGAAGCAAGGGGAAGCAAGCGUGAUCUGAAGGAAGAUGUUUUCCAGCAGAAUCACUUAUUCUGGCUGCAGAACACAAGUCCUGCUUCUUCCAAAGUGAGUGCUCUCAUCUGGGAGGGGAAUGAAUGCAAGAAACUGGACCUGUCUGUGCUGGAGAUCAGUGGGAUCAUCAUGAGCAGGGUCAAUGCCUGCCAGCAAGGAUCAGGUUAUCAAUGGCUGGGAAAUAUUGUUACAGUUGGUUUGGCAUUCCUUCCGUUCCUCUAUCGACUUUUCCACUCAAAGACCUUGGAGCAGUUGUGGUCACUUUCUUUAGAAGAACUUCUAUUUAUUUUUUGUGGGGCCCCCACAAUCCCCCUUGUUGUCCUCCUUGCAAUGAUUAUCUUUCUUGAGCGACUAUGCCUUACCUGGAUGUUUUUCUUCAUGAUGUGUGUUGCUGAGAGAACAUAUAAACAGCGAUUUUUGUUUGCCAAACUUUUUAGCCACAUUACCUCUGCUCGGAAAGCCAGGAAGUAUGAAAUCCCUCAUUUCAGACUGAAGAAGCUGGAAAACAUUAGGAUGUGGUUAUCACUUCGCUCCUACUUAAAGAGGCGAGGCCCACAACGAUCUGUUGAUGUAAUUGUAUCCUCCAUCUUCUUACUGGCUCUUUCAAUUGUUUUCAUAUGCUGUGCACAGGUUUUAAAGGGUCACAAGACAUUUCUGAAUGCAGCUUACAACUGGGAAUUCCUCAUCUGGGAAACAGCCCUGCUUCUCUUCUUGCUGCGCUUUGCAUCUCUUGGGUCUGAAACCAACAAGAAAUACAGUAAUGUUUCAAUUCUGCUUACUGAGCAGGUAAACUUAUAUUUAAAGAUGGAGAAAAAGCCAAAUAAGAAAGAACAGCUUAUUCUUGUGAACAAUGUCCUAAAGCUGUCUACCAAGCUCCUGAAGGAGUUAGAUACACCAUUUAGACUCUAUGGGUUGACAAUGAAUCCCUUAAUCUACAACAUUACACGUGUGGUGAUCCUGUCUGCAGUCUCUGGUGUUAUAAGUGAUCUGCUAGGAUUCAAUAUCAGAUUGUGGAAAAUCAAACCAUGACUUGAAGAACAGAACCUAAGUCUUCCCCUGUGCAAAGCCCAAGAGUGAUCAAUGGAGGCAAGACAGAUGCCUACACGGUCUUGGUUUGGAAGCUGGUGCUUUAACCAACAUGCAUGCAUCCUCCUUACUCUUCUGAGUGAUCGUAUAUCUUGAAGAUAUAGUUCAAUAAACCUUGGUAAAUUAUUCUAAUAAGCAAAGAUUAUCUUAAUGGGACAAAUCUGCAGCUCCCAUGGAGUACAGCAGAAACCACCCAUUGCCUCUUACUGGAGAAAUGUGAAAUUAAGAAUACAUUGCAGCACGAUAUAGUUCAAACUAGUCCAGCUGGAGCAAACUAGAAUACGAACAAGCACAUGACCCACAAGGAUAGAAGAUACUGGGGCAAUGUGGUUCUUAGACCAGGUCCUUGUUUCUAGCAGAAACACAUAUUUUCUGUAGCUUACUGUUGAUCUACACUUUGAAAAGUCUGAAGUACCUCUACUGCAAAGCCUAGUAUCACUCAAAAAAAGCUUUCAAAUUUUUUUGGCUGACUUACAAGAGAAAAAAGAAUGACAUCCUAUCCCCAUAAGAGGAGUAUAAUCUCUCCAGGCAUCUGGCAGUUCAGACUGCAGUUGCUUAGUAACAUACAACCAGCACCAGAAGGUGGCUUACAGUAGGUCUGCCACACACACCAGGAAAGAUGAUAAUUUUUAUAUUAUGUGAGCUCAGAUUGAUCUGUACAAGCACCACAAUCUCUCCAGGAGAGAACACAGCAAUGUUUAUACCUUGCCAUGGAGUGAGAACAGAUUUUUACACAGUUUAAGAAGAAAUUAAAAAGCCAGAUUCCUGGUGGGAAAAGAUUGUACCACCCACGGGUGGCACUUAGCCCCAUGUAAAGUGGGCUGGCCCUGAACAUUUUCCUAUUCUAGGGGACUGAUGAUAAAACACUCUACCGGCACCUGCUGCCAAGUAGGGUUCAGGAAGAAUGUUGCUGCUUCAUACAUGCCUUCUCCCUAUAGGUAUACUACUAUGUACAUGUUUGGGAAAAUCGUAUUCACAAUUAAAACCCUUAACAUCUCCCAAAUGCGUGCACAGGCAUUAGAACAUAUUUGUAUGGUUUUCCCACACAAUAUGGAAAAGGUCUGACGUAACAUGGGAAUCAUUUUUUAAAAUAAAAGUAACUUCACUUGCUGAAGGGGAAGAAACUGCUAUCUUUCAAGGGAGAUUCUGGCCCUAGAGCUUUCUAAGGAAAAUACAAUACCCUCCGUGCUGGCAGAAGUAAAGGCUGUAAACUGUUGAAAGAAAUCAUGACAACUAACAUCCAACUAAGUCAGAUAUAGUGUCAAAGAAAAGCCAAGGAAGAAUGGACAGUUCUGUCCAUUCUUUGUAAAGGUCAAAUAUAUAUCUACAGCUGUUGGAGUCAAAAGCAGAAGAAUUGUUUGAAGCCUUCCCUACCAAAGAUGAAUAUAACUGUGUUAUAGUGUGCUUGUGUAAAAGGUUUCAGAAGCAUGAGAACUUUUGCAAAAUGUAUCUGUUGCAACAAUGUAUGUACAUCUGCUCAAGUGUUUUUGAACAAUAUGCUAACAAUUGUUUUCCUUCCACUCAUAACUGGAAUGAAUCCAACAUUCUUAUGAGCUGUAAACCAAAGGAGUUAAUUCUUCACAAA